AAAAUGUCCCAAUACUCAGGAAAAAUCACUUUCUACGAAGGCAGAUGCUUCACAGGCAGGAAGCUGGACGUCUGUGGCAGCUGCAACAGCUUCCAGGACCAAGGUUUCCUCAACAGGGUCAACUCCAUCUGUGUCCAGAGCGGGGCUUGGGUCUGCUUUGACCACCCCGACUUCCGAGGGCAGCAGUACAUCCUGGAGCACGGAGAAUAUCCCGACUUCUACCGCUGGAACGGGCGCAGCGACCACCUGGGCUCCUGCCGCCCCAUCGGCAUGCAUGGUGAGCACUACAGGAUCGAAAUAUUCGAGGGGAGCCAUUUUAGGGGUCCCAGCCUGGAGCUGACAGAGGAUUGCUCCUUCCUGCAGGGACAGGGCUGGGACAAGACCUGCAUCAAUGCCCUCAAAGUGUACGGCGACGGCGCGUGGGUGCUGUACGAGGAGCCCAACUACCGGGGCCGCAUGUACGUGGUGGAGCGCGGCGAGUUCGGCAGCUUCAGCGAGUGGCAGGCGCGCAGCGCCAGCGUCCAGUCCAUCCGCAGAGUCGUCAACUACUUCUAG